AUGGAUCUCUAUCACCUGGCUUCUCUCUGCGGGGCUCUGCUGUUUGUCUGGGGAAUCCCCUGCUCUCACACUCUCGCUAUUUUCCCUCCAGCUGCCCCGAAGAGCAGCAAGGUGUCGAGGAUCUUUGAUGGACAGGAAGCCUCCAAGUACUUCAAGGAGUUUUACGCGCCGCCGUCCAUCGACAGGAACAAUAAAGCGACUUCUAAAGAGUCAGUGGAGCCUCAUGACUACAUGCUGUCUAUUUACAAGACCUUCUCCACGGCGGAGAGGCUGGGACUCAACGCCAGCUUCUUCCGCUCUUCUAAAGCUGCAAACACUAUUGCGAGUUUUGUGGACAGCGGACAAGAUGACCUCCCACUCUCCCCUCUGAGGAGGCAGCAGUAUCUGUUCGACGUCUCAACGCUCUCCAGAAAGGCGGAGGUGCUGGGAGCCGAGCUCAGGAUUUACACCAAAGUGUCUGGGAAUUUCAGGAUAUCGGAAACAGAGCCCGUGGACAUCCAGCUCCUCUCCUGCCACGACCGGCAGCUGCUCGACUCCAAAACACUGGACCUGCAGGACUCCCAGAGGCCCAAGUGGGAGGUGUUGGACGUGUGGGAAAUAUUCAAAGAGCAGCAGCACCUGAGCCAAGGGAAGCACUUCUGCCUGGAGCUCAGGGCCAUGCUGGACAACCCCGAGAGGGAGCUGGACCUGCACCUCCUGGGUCUGCACCGGCACGGCAGGCCUCAGCAGAAGAAAGCCAUCUUGGUGGUGUUCACCAGGUCCAAGAAGAGGCAGACGCUCUUCAGCGAGAGGAGGGAGGGGAGGGCGCUGCUGGGUCUGGAGAGGAAGGCCAAAGAGAGGGGCCCCGGAACUAAAGCCAGCAGGAGACGGCGGACGGCUGCUUCCAAAACCCGCCACGGGAAGAGACACGGCAAGAAGUCCAAGUCCAGGUGCAGCAAGAAGCCGCUGCACGUCAACUUCAGAGAUCUGGGCUGGGACGACUGGAUCAUCGCCCCACUGGAUUACGAAGCGUACCACUGCGAGGGGAUGUGUGACUUCCCUCUGCGCUCCCACCUGGAGCCCACCAACCACGCCAUCAUCCAGACUCUGAUGAAUUCAAUGAACCCCAGCAACAUGCCGCCCAGCUGCUGCGCCCCAUCCAAGCUCAGCCCCAUCAGCAUCCUCUACAUCGACUCAGGGAACAAUGUGGUGUACAAACAGUACGAGGACAUGGUGGUGGAGUCCUGUGGCUGCAGGUAGUCCACCUCCUCCACCAGGCUGCCGGUGGCUGGGCUGCACCUGACGGGAAGAAAAUUUGCCUGAUUUGUUUGGCAAGAAGAUCUUAGUAAUGCAUUUCCUAACAAGGUUAUGUUUAAUACCUCAAACAUUUGUUUUCUCGUUUCUUUUCUGGCCACUUCAACAUGACAGUGACUGCUUAUUCAUGGAUAAAUAAUCAGAUUAACGUGUUAAAGAGUCUCCUCUGUGGCACCAAAACAACAAAAUGUUUAAAUGAUGGUUCAACUUUUGGGCAAAUAGAGAUGGAAAUACACUUUCCUGCAGAGUAAGAUGAGAAGAUCAACUAUCACUAUUCUCUUGUCUGAGGCUGCAAACUAGAGGCUAUUAGCUUAGCUUAGCAUUAAGACUGGAAAUGGGGGAAGUGUUAGCAUGGAUUUGUCCAAAUGUAACAAAAUCUUGAACAAAGUCAAAAGGUGUACCUUUGUUUCAAGAGCCGAUUAUCCUCACAAGUUCUUCUCCUCUCCAAAACAAAGUGAUUUUUGAUUAAAACCAGAAAAAACACUAAAUUAAGCAGUUUCCGCUGAACAAAAUCAUUGUUUCUAUGACGCUGUUUGGCAGCUGGCUCUGAUGUUUGCUCAGCUUGUUUCUCUGAUAACUUCAGAUCCUAAAUGACUAAAAACCUUCACCCUGUUAAGAUAUUUAGUUAAAAACUGUGACUUAAAACUGGUUAAAAGGCAAUUCAUGACAGCGUUUGACAACAAAGGGGAUGCAAAGCCGUUUUGGUUUCAUACAGGACACAAACAUCUGAGCAUUAGGUGGCCCAUGGGCCACAUCCGGCCCGUAGACAUAUAUAACAAAGGCUGUUUAUAUAUAUACAUCUAUGGUUGGCGGUACCUGACCAGCCCGUGUAAGGUUACCCCGAAAUUAGAAAUCAAUGCAACUGCAGUGCUUUUAUUUUGAAGGAGAUUUGCAUAUAUGUGCAUGCAUGCACACGCAGCUGCACAGAAAUGCGUUAAAAUGGUAAAAAAAAAAUCAAUGGAAAAGUGAGAUAAAAAUAGUUUUUACUAUUUUUUUACUGCUAUAUUUGACUUAUUCAACAUUAACACAUUCUCAUCAUAACAUGUAUUCUUACCAGUAGCAGCUCAAACCCAUAUAAUUUACAGCAUUUUACAAAGCUAUUAAAGUAAUAUUGAGCAGAAUUGAGUUCAGAGAAUUGGUCCGGCCCUCCGCAACCUUGGCAGUAACUCAUGUGGCUCCUUGGGAAAAUGAAUUGCCCACCCCUGGUCUACAGGGUGAAAGUCUUGUGUAUGUUUGAGAAAAUGCAUUUCCUUUAAUCUGUAAUUGAUGAGUUGUAUGUUAUAUAUUUAAAGACCAGGCCAUUUUUUAAAAAGCUCCCUAUGAAAACAGUCUUCCUGGUGUCAAAACAGUCUGUGAAUCCAACAAUAUAAUCAGUUUUAGUUAAAGUCUUGGACACUUGUGUGGCCUGUUUCUUCUUCUGCUUCCUUAGAAACUGAAUGAUAAACAUCAGGUAAACAUUUUUUCCAAUAAUGGACAUCUUGGGUGACUUCUCUGCAGGAUUUCUCAGCAGAUAUUCAGCACUUGACAUGGCCUACGACUCAGGGAACGUCCUCAAGUGCUGGAGAGAAUGUGAAGUCUUUUUAUUUCUUUCAGAUUUGAACCGUCGGUACAUUUUUCACCAGCGCAGGGUUUUUCUCACCAGUUUACUUUUCCGUCGAGGAGAUGCAUAAUUUUGUCUGUGAUGCACUGAUGUUCAAAAGGUACCAUGUGUAAAUAUUUGGAAAAUAAUAAUUUAUGUUCUAUGAAUAAGUUAUUUCAGUUUUUAUUGUCCGCUUUGUUCCGUUAUAACUUCCAGACGGCAUGAGUCACACAUCUGGACGUUCAGGUUCAGAUAAACACAUAUGGGUAAUGUUUUGGUAACGAAACAUGACAGCCAUGUUCUGCUCACAGACUGUGAAAUACUGGAGUAUUAUCAGUGUUUUUGUUGUAUAUAUACAUAGGAAAUAAUUAUUCACCAGCGUUGUCAUUGUUCGGUGAACUCUUUGUUUUCAGGUGAUACUGUUUGAAACAUUAAUAGCACAUUUUAUCCUCUUUAUAUUUUGGGUUUUUUCGCAUUAUUUACUGGAAUCUGAAAAUAAUAUAUUAUAUUAAUGAAUGCAUAAUUCUGUGGCAUCUCUUUGCUCUCCUGCAUCAAACCGUAUUACAGCAGAAAAUGAAGUGAUAAUGUAUUUUUACACAGUAAAAUAAUCUGUAAAAUUGUUUAACCAAAUGAAUCUAUUCUUAUAAACUGUGUGAACUGUAACGUGUGUAGAGUAACAGGCAAAUUAAAAUGUCUUGAACUUAAGAUCUUGUUGAAGUUAAAUUUACUACUAUA